AUGGAAAAUACCCAAAUUCCCCAAACUGAGAGCAACUCUUCCUUUGCUGCCAAGCAUGGAGGAGCUUCUGUAAAAUUCUACUGAGACGAGCCGUUUGGAUUAAAAAGAGUUGGACCAACAGAUUCAGCAAGCACUGAAGUAGGCGAGGAGGCGAAAGGAUGCUCUUUAGAAAUAAUCAGAAUGAAAACCCAGAUGAUCUUGAAGGCCCUAGCUUCUUAUAAUGUCUGUAUGAAUCUUGGAGGAGAGGAGAAUGAUGCUACUAAAUGGAUAAAACAACUGUCCCAGAUUAAAGAGAAAACUGAUGAUAUUGAGAAGGAAGGUAAUUUAGAUGAACUUGAAGAAUUGGAUACGCAAAUCCAGGUGAUUAAGGAACAGGUACUAGAAGAUUCUACUUUUGCUAAGUUCAGAGACAACUUCUUCUGGAGCUACUUCAAACAAGGGAUUAUAGAAGAUGGAAAUAGAGAAGGCCUGAGUUCAAAAUCGCCCAACAGCUUAUGCUCAGAAGCAUACACCCCAUUUGACUUCAAGGGCUUAUAUAAAGCUAAGACAGGGGCUACCAAGACUUUUGGACCAACCGUUCAGUUCAAGCUUGAGCUGAACAAGCCUAAAGAUAUGGAUAUGUUACUCUCCCUAGAUAAAAGGAUGCCUGAGCUCAAAACACUACAGAUCGCUAAGAUUCCCGAAGACCAUGAAGAGUCCAAAACCGCCAUCUCCAAAUACUUCCCUGAAAGGGUAAAAGAGUUCCAUUUCAACCAGCAAUCCCCAAUGGGUACUACAGACUUUUACUCCUCUGCCUUACUCCCUGGCGCUUCUUCUGUCCUCGAAAGAGCCUAUCUCUGGAACCUAAACAUUUCCGAGCCUUACGUGACAGCUUUGAUCUCUGCUUACAAAGGAGUAUCCCAGCUCUUCUUCGGGAAGUGCAUUCUAAAUGUAGAAUCCACCCUUGAUUUCGGAGAUGUGAUGCAGGACUCCCAGAUAUCCAUCCUUGGCUUCGAAAAUUGUGGGGAUGAAGAACAUGGAGUAUGGGAAAGAGAUAGCUCUCCCUUCGUAAACAUCAUGGCAGGCCUUGGCAAGACAGAAGCCAAGACCAACCUCAAGAAAGUUAGAGUUAAGAACUGUGGAAUGAAGAAUGACCAGGUCAGAGAUAUCUUAAAGUCAGCUGGACUCGGAGACCUUGAAAUUGGACUAUUGUAAUGAAAAUUCAAUGCCUGA